AGUGCUUUACGCGUACGUGCAGCACCGCCGAGCACGCGUCUCACCCACGCGCGCACUGCUUCACGCAUAAAUCUGUUCAUCUGUUUCUGCUUAAAUUGUUUUUUUCUUCUGUUUUGUAAACUCCAAAUUCGCAAGCGGUGUGUGGCGCCGAGCGCAGUAUAGCGACAACACAGGCGGCACAUCAGCUUUUUCUUUUCCUCUCUUCGUACUGCCACCACUACUACCUGCUUUGUUUUCUCUCACUCACGACAAGGUAGAGAGGGCGGGGGCAUUGGUGGCGUUAUACGCGCGCUCUCUCUUCUUAAAAGCAAGAGAAAAGAAGAUAAAUAUUUGUUUUGUGGCUCUCUUUCUGCGUUGUUUCUACUGUACUGAGGUGUUCACACGCGACAGCACCCUCCCUGCUUUCUCUCUUUCUCUCUCCGUUUGCGCGAGACCCAUUGAAUGUCUCCGCACGUAAUUACUUGCGAGAGCGAUUCCAAUAACUGCUAGUUCUCUGCCAGCGCGUUCUCCUUGUAUGAUUGCAUUUGUUUUUGUUUGUUUUAAUUGCUGCUUUUAAUACUUCACCUCCCUCACAUCUUGACUGAAGUGUUCGAUAGAAAUUGCGGCGGGCUGCGCUCGAUCGGGCGGCGACGCUCCUCGGCUGUCAAACCUUUUACUUUCCCACCGGUAAAGCUCUGCGUUUGUUUGCCGUUGCUGCCGUUGUUUAGUGGAGACCAGACGCGGUCACCGGACUCCACAGCACGACCGCGCUUCUUUUUUCCUCUGCGUCUUUUGCGCUUUACCUUCAUUAUCCAACUUGGCGGAUUUUCUGGUGUUGUUCUGGUGUUGUACCUGUGUCUGCCGCGCCCUCCCAACGGCUUCAUCUGCUUCCACGUUUGGCUCCUCCGUUGUAGGCCGUGCUCUCUCCUUUACUGGUAUCUGUGUGUGGGUGGCACGUCAUCAUGGCGGCCCUGCCUCGUAUUGAGUACACCAGCACCUUCUCCUUGGAUGGGGUGAGCAGCCCCGCCUCCCCGCACCGGGGCCGGCACAUGCCAGCUUUCUUCAAGCCGAUCCCCCUCAAGUCGUUCACCGUUGUCGUCUCCGUCGUGCCGGCCGAUCAGCUGCGGCGCAAUUCCCCUGUCCCAACAGCGGCGUCGGCGCAUGUGACCGUCGAGGGCACCGGUGGGGCAGCAGGCGUGGGCGGUCCGCCGAGUAUGGCCAGCAGCGUGCCCGCGACAGGGGCCUUGUCCACGCCUGGGUUUCUGAUGAAUGCGUCGUUCACCCCGGCGAGUUCAUCCUUCGCGCUCACCAAGUCAUUCGGGGACGUAUUUGCGCUCAAGAAGGCCCCCGGUGGAGGAGGCGGCGGCGGCCCGCUGGUCUCGAGUGGUCGCCCCGAUAGCAGCUUCGGCAGCUUUCAAGGCUUUGGUGCAUCCUCCUCCGCCGCCGCCGCCGCCGCCGCUGCAGUGAACGGCCUGGCCGACCCUUCUGUUAGUGAGACGCCUGUGCCGAACAGUCAGGACAGCUACCGCGUUCACUUGCUGCUGCCGGCUCGUACAGCGCAGAGCACGGCGUCGGCGUCGCACUCGUCGGCCAACCACGUACCCGCAGGACGGCAGUCUUCUCUGAACAGCUGCGCCAACCCCAGCAGCGACGACGGCGGUAACCACGAGGAGCUCUCUGCCGCGACUUCCUCCCUCGAGUCCUUGCGCACCGCGAAGCCGCAGCAGGCCGCGCAGGUCAACGAACAUUGGGUACUGUUUCAGCAGCUGGUUCACUUCGUGUUGUCGGUGGCGCCGCGGUUUGAGCCGCCGCCGACGCCACCGGGCUUUGCCUUCCCCGUCGAUCUCGGUCUCUCCUUUGUCCAGAACACCUCCAUCUUCUCCGCCGCAGAGGCGCUGCAGCACGGCAGAGGCGGCGGUGGCGUCGCCGGGUCACCGCCGCGGCAGAUGAUUGGCGAUCCUUCCGCUGGCGGCUCCCCCGCAGCCCCCUCCGCCCUGUCCACGAGCAAGGCGGAGGACCCGCUCGUGCGCGGCGAGGAGCGUGAAGCUCGUCGGGCGUACAUGGAGGCCUACCUCAACGCGGCUCUUCAGUGCGAUCAGGUGAGCUGUCUGAAAGAGGUGCAGUCGUUUGUGGGCUACGACGCCUAUGUGAAGAGCGAGCUCGCCCGCUUUCGUGCCAUGAGUCGCCUGUCGAGUCGCAGCAGCAUCGCCGGGUCGCCUCUGUCGAGUCUGAUGCGCAGCUCCAGUCCAUCAAGGCUGAACGGCAGUCCUACGGAGUUCUCCACGAGGGGCCCGCUGGGCGGCUCCUCACAGGGCACCGUGUCGACUGCGUCGUCCGCGUGCCGCAGGGCCAGCACCAUCGCGGAGGCCGUCCUUCCAUCGCCCACCUCAACAGCAGCACCGCUGGCAGCACGACACACGAGUGGGCCGGACUCGUUGGCGGCGUCCUCAUCGCGCACAUCGGAGGUCGCCUCCCCGCAAUUCACAGGCGCCUUCAGCGCGUUACCGCCGGUGCUGCUGCAGUCGCUGCUCCCUCCCGCUGCUCCGCCACUGAGCGUACUCGAGGAAACUUCGAAUUCGCCGUCCACUGCAGCAGCAGCAGCGGCGGCGGCCGUGGCGCUGGCCGGAUCCACCGCGCAGGGCAGUGCGGCACACACCGGCGGUGGUCGUGAGGCGAUCGAAGUUACGGACACACCCUCGUCCGCCGCGUCUGGUGGCGCGCAACAGCGCCAGAUCCCCAUCAAGUCAGCCACGACGAACAACCCGGGCAGCUCGGGGGACGGCUCGCUAAGCAGCGUCGUCGCGGGACAGCAAGAACAACGCGCCAGUCGAUCGCUGACUGGGAAUGAGAGCGCGACCACCGCCCCGGAGUCUGCCGUGACGGCGACGGCGGCCGCGUUUGGGAAGUCGCUCGCCAUGUCGCGGUCGUCGAGCGGCACGCAUCACCCCCUCAGUUCCUGGGAACCGCCUCACAGCAGUCAGAGCCCGAGCGCUUCCGGAUCGCUAAUUCUGAUGGGCGUGGCGGAGGUGGAUGGGAAGAAGAAAGGAGGCGUCGAUGACACCGAAGAUGAGAGGGAUGAGGAGGACGGAGGCGGUUCUGCGGAGUCCGCUCGUACCGCGGCUUCGUCGAUUGGGCUCAGCGCUUCACACCCGGACGGGGUCCAUCGACAUGGUGGUGGCCACCGCCACCGCGACCGGCGUCCACGUCGAGGCGACGGACACCACGGCGAGGCGAGGCACGAUGCGCGGAGGAAUCAACAUCACGUGCUGGAACAGCGUCGCCGGCGAGGGGAGGCGGGGGAGACACCGCAGUUGAUGGACACUGCGGCAGAGGGAACGGCAACGGCGGCAGCGGCGGCGACGGCGACCACGACGGCCCCUGCCAUCCUUUUACGCGCUCAUUUGAAGCCCCUCAUUCAGAUUGCCCCAGAAACGGAGCGGAUGCUGACGGAGUGUUUCCGCAUGAUGGACACGGAGGGCUGCGGCUAUGUAUCGGCGGCCGACUGCCUUCUCUUUCACGUGUGCGCCACACCGGAUACCUUCAUGGAGACGCUCUACCUGUACACAGGCGCAGCGAAUCUUUCGGAGGAGGAAACCUCAUCCGCCGCCGCGGGGCGUACUCCGCGUGGUGCUCAGUUGGAAGACCUGCUGCCUGCCUGGAUGCGCGACUGCGAGGGCGUCGUCGUGGGCAACCCCGAGUACUUAAUGAGCUGCGCCCGCUUUGUCGACGCCGUGCGGGAGAUCUUGACGGUGUCCGCCGCGAUGGAGGGCGCAUCGGAUACAACAAACACCGCCGGCCCUGCUGCUGCAACGGCCGAGACUGAAAAGGCGUCGUCGGCGCAUCCGCACGGCACAGCGCAGGCCAGCGUGGGCGGCGAGGGAGGGUCACGCAACACCACGCCGGCCUCCUCCGCGCCUUCACGCAGCGGACUUCCAGCGGCAUUGGCGGGCAGUCAGCAGUCCCGCGAUGGCUCCCGACGUGCGGAGGACACUCCGCUUCCGGCGUUCGCAGAGAAUGCGGGCACUGCGGCACACACCGGGUCUGUGCACAGCCACUCCUUCGCAGGCUCGGCGCCGACGGAGGACGUGGAAGUCGUCACCUCUGCCGCUGCGGCGCCCACCGUCUCGCUCGAAUCGUGGAUCGACAACUACUGGCUUCUCAUGUAUUCGCAGCUGUUCACGGCCGUGGCGGCGUUGGUGGUGGGCGCCGAGGCGACCGAACUGCGCGCUGCGCUGCUCGACAUUCGAGAGAGGGCGUACUUGGAGAUGACAGCGCAGGUGGCGGCGGCGGUGCACCACGCAGCGCAACAACCGUCUCAGCGACAGGGUGGGGAGGGCGCCGAGGCAGCGGCAGAGACGGAGGCCCCACCGCCGACCGCCAACUCGCCAGGCCGACUGGUUGCCGGUGCGUCCCCGCCGUCGCAGCUCAUGAGCCCGCCGUGGGUGCUGCGGGAGGUCGCCAGCGCCGUGGCCGCCCAGCCGCCCAUCCUCGGCUGCUUCGACGCCUUUGAGCUGCUCAGUUUCGUCUACGUGAUCAGCGAGACGGGCAUUGGGGUGGUGAGUGUGGAGGACGCCCUGCAGUGGCUCGGCACCCGCCCGGUCCAGCCGGCUACCCGCUUUAGUUUGGACGAGUUCGCCUCCUUGCUGGACGUGCUGAGCUGCUCGCUCCCCUUUGCGGAUGUGCUGCACUGCGUACGACGGCGGUGGAGCACACCGGCGGUGCACUCCGCAAGCACGGAGGGCGGCGGCGACGACGGGAAGCGAGGCGCGGCGGACGGUGUGGCGGCGUCGCGGCAGCAGCACGCGCAUCUUCUGCGGUUGGUGUCGCGCUGCGCGGCAGCCGACCCGAGCGGGGGGCGGGAGUUCAACGAAGUGGUUCAAGAGCAGCGGUGGCGCCGUGGGCGGGACGCUGAUGGCCGCCGGUGUGAACAGUGCCAUCUCGCGCGUGGGGUACUGGAGCAGCAGGCGGCACUGCUGGAGAGUCUGUCCGAUGAAAACGCGAGGCUGCAGCAGCGGAUUGCAGAACUGGAGGCUGCUGCUUCUGCUGCUGCGCAAGUAAGUUCCAUGGGCCCGCCGAGCACCACCACCACCACCACCACCACCACCACCACUCUGACGGCGGCACGCAAAGAAACAGAUGAAGGGCCGCCUUCCACGGUGGCUCCGCCGCCUCCCGCUUCCACUGCGGCACCGGUGGGGUCGCAGAGGACGAAGGACAACGCCUCUCCCGCAAGGAGCCACGAAGAUGCCCAGACCGACACAUACGUGCCCGCGCACUCCCACACAAAUCCGUCUUUCAGUUCUCCUUCCCCUGCGAUGGCUGGCGAGCAUGCGCUGCUCCCGCUGCCGCACAACCACGCCGCGCGCCGCACCACGCUCGAGCUCGUCCCCGUUUUCACGGCAGAGGCCGGCGAGGGGGGCAACAACCGCAGCCCCGUGGGCGGCGGCAUCGAUGCUAACACCCCCCGCCGCUCAUCGAGGCAGGCGCGGGCCGCGGCGACGCAGGUGGCGCGUGCGGGUCCUCUUCGCUACACCGUCCCGCCCAAAUACGCGCAGCGGCAGCCCCAGGAGCUGGAGCUCAGCUUUUACCUCUGCCGCGCCGCCCCGCGAGGGGAGGAAAAGAACGGCGCCGCGACGGCAGCCGGGGCUGUUCGCAGCAGCAGCAGCAGUGGCAGCACCGGUGCGGGUGGUGGGCCGUCCGCCGGGCCGUCGGUGGAGCGGCUGGCCGUGCGGGACGGCGCAGGGCGUCGCGUGGUGGCCCUCAAACUCAGCGGCACUGUUUUAUACAUCUUGGCGCAGGACGUGGAGCAGCGACCCGCCCGUCUGCCGCUGCACACCGACCCGCUCUCGCCACGACUAAACUCUCCCCGCACGCCGCACGGCGCCUCGACGCUGGCGUUCGCACCGGCCCGUCACUCGCACCUCAACGUGAACGGCGUCUUGGGCCGCGAGCGGAAUAUCCUGCACCCCAACUACGCAGACACCGACGGCGACGGCGGCGGCAGCCCGCCCUCCUUCCUGCGUUGCUGCAACGUGCCGGACAGCGCGCUGAACGCUGCCCCGAGCGGCCCUGAUCGACACGGGUGUGAUCCCUUUGACCGUAGCUCCAUCGCCGGAAAUGAACGGGGCGUGGCGCAACCAGGCAGUCGGUUCUCCACUGCUGCCACGCGCACCAGCAUCGAGGACCAGCAGCCGCAGCGACUUGUCACGCGUGUGGAACUGCAAGCGCACGUGUGGUACACGAUGAAGCUGCGCAUGUGGUGGGAGCAGCGGACGGUGGAUAUCGUGGUGACGUGCGCGGCUGCCGCUGCCGCUGCGUUGCCGCAUCGAACUCCUUCCAGUGAGGGCGCACUCGAAGGAGCUCGUUGCGUUUAUCAAGGGACGGUACGGAUGCUCGAUGCGGCAGCGGUGACCGGGCUGAGCUCGAUCGAGGUCUUUCCGCGACGAGAGAUGUUGGUCGCCUACUGCAACGCUCUCCUUCGCUACGAGGCAGAGCAGCGCUGA